CAUAUAUAAUAUAUGACCAAAUAGAUCCCACCCAUCAAGAACAUAUCCGAGAAGAGCAAAAAGGGAAGAAAAUGGUUCUGCAUCAUAAAAUGUGGGACGAUGUUCUUGCUGGGCCUCAACCCGAGCGUGGUCUAGUCAAGCUUCGGAAGAUCACCACCCAGCCCUUGUCCAUCAAAGAUGACGGAGAAGGGAAAAAGUUCCAGAGGUCGAUGUCGAUGCCAAUGAGUCCAGGGGCACCGCCGACACCGGUGACACCAACGACUCCGACGCCGCGUAAGGAGAACGUGUGGAGGAGUGUCUUCCAUCCUGGGAGCAACCUCGCUACUAAAAGUAUUGGCGCUGAUAUGUUCGACAGACCACAACCUAACUCUCCGACUGUCUAUGACUGCGACCAAUCGGAGGCUCAGAGACAGAGAAGGAAGGAAAACUUGGCAAUUUGUUUGGUAGCUGCGUGGAAAUAAUUCCUUUUGAUCAGUAUACACACUUGUAUAUGGCUUUACAGUGGGGAGACCAGGAGCAAGCAUCGCUGAGUAGGUGGCGACUCAUGGGCGGGCGGGAGGCUAGCAGCCUCGGAGAAGGC